AUGGAAGCUCUCAAUGAAAAGAAGAGGCAAGACGAAGAAUUUUCAGUUCAGAAGUGUCUUGAUGAAGUGGACUCAAUGGUUGGACUUACUACUGAUGGGAAGUCGUAUGCUUUGGAUAUCUUCAAAACUGAGAUAAAUAGGGAGAUAUUCAUGAAAACAAAAACCAAACUGUUCGCUUUAUUUGGAUCAAGCGCAAGAUUAGAGCUCUUGGUGGAAGCAAUGUAUGAUUUGAUAAGAAAAAUGCAGACGCAGUGCCUAUGUGAGAAGCUUAUGCAAAGGAGUUUUUUUUUCCGGAAGACUGAUUAUGAAAAGGAGUUAAACCACAUUUUAUUGUAG